CGUCGUAGGGAAAUUGCGUAGUGAAGAACCGUACCGGUGUGGCGAUCUUGUCGUUUGUGGCUUCAAAUCGACAACUUUAUCUCCUCAAAUACUACAUUUUCCAAGAGCACAAUCAAAUCAUGGCAUCGUCUAACAAAGAACACUUCAGGUUAUUCAAGAACAAGGCUCUGGAUGCAGAAGAACUGAGGAGAAGAAGAGAAGAAGUUGGAAUUCAGCUAAGGAAACAGAAGAGAGAAGAACAGCUUUUUAAGAGGAGAAAUGUAGAUGUUGUCUUAGAACCACCUGACAUCACUGUCCAAGAUAACUACAUCACAUCAUCUCAGAAUUCAGUCACCCAGGACAUGGUUGAAAGAGUAAUGUCGGAUGACCCUGAGGCUCAACUUAAUGCUACACAAAGGUUUAGGAAACUACUAUCAAAAGAGCCUAACCCACCAAUCGAUGAAGUCAUUCAGAUGGGUGUUGUUCCGAGGUUUGUUCAAUUCCUCCAGGCUGAAACCAACAGUGUCCUCCAGUUUGAAGCUGCAUGGGUGCUGACAAACAUCGCAUCUGGUACCACCGCCCAGACGGGAACUGUUAUAGAUGCAGGUGCCGUACCAAUCUUUAUACAACUGCUUCAGAGUCAAUACGAUGAUGUCCAGGAACAGGCUGUAUGGGCUCUAGGUAACAUUGCAGGAGACAGUGCAGAAUGUAGAGACCGUGUCCUGAACUGCGGUAUCCUCAUCCAUCUACUAGCGGUACUUUCAAAAUCCAAUAGGCUUUCAAUGACUAGGAAUGCUGUAUGGGCCCUGUCCAACCUGUGCAGAGGAAAGAGCCCCCCUCCAGAUUUCAAACAAGUAUCCCCAUGUCUACCAGUGUUAUCCCGUCUACUGUUCAGUAGUGAUCAAGACGUUCUAGCCGACGCCUGUUGGGCACUCUCCUAUCUAUCAGAUGGACCUAAUGAGAAGAUCCAGGCUGUAAUUGAUAGCGGGGUUUGCCGCAGACUUGUAGAACUACUCAUGCAUUCUUCCAAUAGUGUGGUCUCAGCUGCCCUGAGAGCUGUAGGUAAUAUAGUCACCGGUGACGAUGUCCAAACACAGGUGGUAUUAAAUUGUUCAGCCCUUCCCUGCCUUCUAAGCCUCCUAAGUAGCUCCAAAGAAUCCAUCCGAAAGGAAGCAUGCUGGACGAUAUCCAACAUCACCGCUGGUAACCGCGGACAGAUACAGGCUGUGAUUGAUGCUAAUAUCAUCCCAAUGCUUGUAGAAAUCUUAGCUAAGGCUGAAUUUAAGACUAGAAAGGAGGCAGCCUGGGCCAUUACCAAUGCUACGUCUGGAGGUCGCCAUGAACAAAUCAGGUACAUCGUUAACCAGGGUUGCAUCAAGCCUUUGUGUGACCUCUUGACCGUAAUGGACACCAAGAUCGUCCAGGUGGCCCUCAACGGACUGGACAAUGUCCUCAAGCUUGGUAAGAGCGAUAGUAAGGACACCGGAACUCCCAACAAGUACGCCCUCCUGGUAGAGGAAUGUGGUGGUCUCGACAAAAUUGAGUUCCUCCAAAGCCAUGAAAACCGGGAGAUUUACCAACGAGCCUUCGAGAUCAUCGAACACUACUUCAGCGCUGAUGAGGAAGAUGAGAAAAUUGUUCCAGAGGUCAACGCAGAGGCCCAACAGUACAACUUCAACCCACAGAACAAUGCACAAGGUUUUGAGUUCUAGACCACCGGUCCUCACAUUCAGGCAUAGGGGUGUGAAGUAUAACUCCUUCGGCCAGGGGUAUUAAGUAUCACCCCCCUUGUACAAUGGAAUCAUAAGUGUAUACAGAAUAUGUGAAUAGUUUGGAUACAGUACAUAUACCAUGUUUAUUGUAGGAGUUCAAACAUCCAUAGGUGCACUACCGAUGUUCACUUCGGGAAUUUCAGUUCUUAAGUCACAAAAAUCAAUUUUCAAGUGAGACUGUAGAAUGUGAAGAAAUGCUUUGAAAAUACUGGAUAAUGUAAUAAAAACAAACUUUACAGGUGAUCAGUACAACUCUUAUGAAAAUAUGAAAUUCAAGUUAACCUUUUCAUCAUGGAUAAGAUAUUGCUCAAAAAUUUUGAUAUCACAAUUGCAUUUGAAGGGUGGAAUUUUAGGGAAGUAUUUGUACCUUUUCAAUGAAAUGAAUGAAGCAAAUUGGUCUUUUCUCAUGUAAACAAUUGUGGGGAUUUGGAGAUGGCUUUAUUGCUAAAGACAUCAUCUUUACAAAUUGAUGAAUGUCAUUAUCAAAUAUUUUGAUGGCAGGUGAUCUAAAG